AUGUCAAAUCUCCACAUCAGCGGCUUGGUCAUUGCUAAACUCCUGCUACCCCUCAUCCCUCCCAAUCGCGAGAACAUGAAGAAGAGUGCAUCCAGCCAACAGUCAGCGGACGAGUCCAUCCGAGAAUUACACGACCAACAGCAUGAUGAGCUUGACGAUGGAGAAAGAGAUAGGAUUGAAGAAGAGUGGCGCAACAGUAUCCGCCUAAAGGUCGACCUUCGACUUUGCAGCAUUGCUGGUAUCUUGUGCUCGCUCAAUCUACUUGACAGCGGCGUCAUCUCUAGCGCAUCUGUCACCUCCAUGCUCAGCGAUCUGGAACUAAAUGUCGGCAACCGAUACUCUGUUUCCAUAUUUAUCUUCACGAUCGCGAGCAUUGCCUUCCAGCUACCAUCGACAAUCGCUGUGCGCACCUUCGGACCGCGUAUCUGGUUUGCCUUCAUCACCUUCUGCUUCGGUAUCAUCACACUGUGCACAGCUUUCGUGCAGACAUGGCGACAGAUGAUCGCGCUUCGCAUUUUGCUUGGAAUAGCUAUGUCGGGAAUUUAUCCCGGCUUGACGUAUCUCAUCUCAACAUGGUAUACACGGAAAGAGCAACAGCUUCGCUUUGCUCUGAUGCAGAGUGGCGAAGUCAUUGUCUUGGCAACAGGUGGCAUCGUUAAUUUUGGACUCAACCAGCUUGACGGCACAUAUCUCAAGGGUUGGCAGUGGAUGUUCGUUGUGCAAGGGAGCAUUACUGCGUUCUUCGGAAUUCUGACAUAUUGGUGGAUGGUCGACUUCCCGGAGCAUGCCCAAAACUCCUUCUACUUCCUCACGCCUCACGAAAGUGCGUUGGCGUCUUCUCGAAUCGACAACGACAGGGGCGAUGUCAAACCCGACGACUUCGCAUGGUCCAAAGUCUUCGUUCACGCCAAGGAUCUGAAGGUGUACGGUUUCUGCACCCUUUACUUCCUGCAGAACCUCGUCUCGACAUCGCUAUCUUACUUCCUACCUAUCAUUUUGCAAACCGGCAUGGGCUUUUCUUCAAACAAGGCGAUUUUGCUAUCCGCACCACCUUACUACUACGCUGUUAUUCCAGCUAUCCUGUCCUCGAUCGUCGGCGACAAGUUCCAGUUGAGAGGGCCUAUUAUAGUCUUCAAUUGCGUGUCUUUGAUCGUGGGUUUCUGUAUGCUGGGUUUCUCGGACCAGGUCACCGUCAGGUACAUUGGCACCUACCUUGCUACCGGAGCGUACGUGGCGAAUUGGGCGGCCAUGGCAACUUAUCAGGCGAACAACAUUGUCGGCCAGUGGAAGAGGGUUUUUACUGCUGCCAUGGUCACAGCCUUCAACGGCGCUGGCGGUAUUGCUGGAAGCUUCAUUGUGAGAGCACCAGAAAGUCCGAGGUAUAUGACGGCCAUCUGGGUCAGCAUAGGAAGUCACAUGUUGAUCAUUGGAUUGGUGGGAGUGUUCUCGGUGUUUUUCUACAUGGCGAACAAGCGGCAGACUAGGGGGAAGCGUCUCCUAGAGGGAACAGAAGGUUUCCGGUUUACGUACUGA